AUGUCGGAGCCCUUGCCCCCUCUGACGUCGUCUUCCGCGAGAAUACGCCCAACGCAGCCAAGUGGGCAGCCCGUGUCUUUGCCUGUGCGUGAGCCACCCGAGCAUGCCAGACAUACCUAUGGCUCAGUGGAGCUGUGCUUGCCAACUCCUCGCCACACUGUGGUGGCCUCGCUCUUGUCUAUGGUCUUCAUGACUGCAGGCCUGGUGGUCUUCGCCAUUUCGGAGCAAGGACUGCCAGGCAUCCCCAAAAGCCACGGCCUUGCCGUGGUGUUGCGUGUUCUCGGCUGGACUGUCAUGUACUUCGUGCCUGUGCAUCACAUUGCAAUCGCCAACAUUCGCGGCUUCACAUUAACUGGCAUCCGCCCCGGUGACACUGCGCUCGUGUGCAGCAGGACGGCUCUGUCGCCGACAAUAUCCGCGGAGUUUGCUGGCAAGCACCACCUCAGCACACGAAGAGCCUGGUGUGGUGCCGCAUUAAUGAUUGCUCUCUUCUUCUCCUUGUACGCGGGGUUCUUUGCGCUCUACUUGGGGGAGGAGUAUCAGCACCCUGGCUUCGUCUUGGCCUACGGCGUGGGACACAUAGUCGUCAUCGUGGUGGGCGAGGCCGUGGGUGCGAAGUGCCACUUGAAGCCGCUGGACGAGAGGUAUGCAUCGAAGAUGGGGCCUUGCACUCUGGGGCCAGCCUUGGUCGGGUUUUUUAUCGGAACCUCCGGCUACGGAGUGGCCAGACGACACAGUGGACCAUGGCUAGGUGCGCUGAUGCCCUUCAUGCUGAGCGGUUACGAGCUGCUGUGCUUGCACAUCAUCGCCAGCACCUUCUCAGCCGAGUACGUCCAGGAGAAAGCCGUCCGCCAGAAGUAUUCUCAGGACAACCAGGGAGUCGUGAUUUCUCUGGCCAUUGCUAUGAUCCACGCUUUAGCUGAGGGUGCAAGGCUCACAUUGAUUUUGGUGGACAUUGCUCACGACGAGAGACAUCUUGACUUCCUGGUCCCGAUUUGUUCUGGAGUCGUGUGGAAUGCUACGGUUCGUGCCGGAUACCUAGAUCGUUUUGCAGCUUUUGCUACAUGCGGGUGGAGAACCCCGACGAACGCGAGCCUGCUCCUACAGGAGGUGAAGUACUGCAUGGGCUACCCCAGGUUCUUUGCUGUGGCGGCAAUUGCAUUGGCGAGGCUGUGCACGCUGAAUGAGGUCUUGCCCAAGAAUCAGGAGAUGAUCGGCUGGGCGCUCCUGGCAAUGUUUGCUGCCGAGAUUCUGGAAGACAUCAUCUCCUUUGCACUUGAAAGACUAGACCUGCGUGUGCAUCCGAAGCCUCGGCAAAUCACUGACGAAGAGGUGGAAAUCAUGGUUGCCAACGGGACGAAAAGCUCGCACGACUCAUUGUCCUUUCCAUCAGGCUUCAAGGCGAUUGUUCCUAAAGCUUGGCUUGACGACCAGCAAGCGGGUGUGCCCAUCCCACCGGCUAACAUGUCAAAGGAAAUCAGAAAGAAGUGUUGGCAGCUUCGGGCGGCCUUUGACUUUGCAUAUGGCGACGUAGAGAACUUUGGCAAGCUGCCCUUCUGGGCUCACUUUGCAGCGAUUGCCAUAGCACAGUUCCACACCGUGCUGUUCAUGAUCAUCUUGUCGAACGGAUUGAACUACGUUCUGGGCUUCUGCCCCGAGUCGGGCUACUCUGGGGUCGGGCGUGCCUUGCUGUGGUGGCCUGUAACCGACCCAGAGGACUUGUGCGAUGGUGCGAUUUGCCGGAAGUUCGGGCCCAAGCUGUCUGUGGCCAGCCAGAGCGGCAGUUUGCUGCUUGUCUCCGGUGUGCUGGCAGCGCUUUGGUGCUAUGCGCUUUGGGCCUUCCACUUGGCCUCGGUCACGGCACCCCGCUGCCGGUCCUGCGAGGACGCAGCAGCAGAGCCGCGCAUAUCCUUGGAGUGGUCAGCAUCAGACGAUUUUCCAGAGGACUUUGCUCCACUUCUGGCACUGAAGCAGCUCCUAUUUGUCGGCGAGGGCAUCUCUGGUGCCUUAGUCGAAGAGCUGAAGCUGGAAGGUCAGGCUGGGUUUCAUCCAAAAGCAAGCUUGAGCUGUCUGUAUCUUCCGCUGGCAAGCGGAGGCCUUCUGCAAAGCGACUUCCAUAGGGCGACUGUCGAGCAAAUGGCUUGCUUGAAGAUUCCUGGAGAAGUGCGGAGUCGCGACGACCUUUCACAACACCUGGAGCUUCGCGGCCGCAUGGUCUGUCCAGGUCGAACACCUGCAAUUCUUCUUUCUCCAUUUCCGGACAAUUGCCGCUGUACUUGCUGUGUUGCAUGCCACGACCUCGCCGAAUGUCUUUGUGCAUGCAGAUAUGUUGGCCCCGCGUUUGAACGUCGCAGGGCAGCGGCGCUUUCUGAGUCUGCGAGAUCCAGGCAUGGAUUUCAGCUUUUCAGUGGUUACUUGCUCAGCCAUAUGCUUUGGCGCCGAUGGCGACGUCAAGAGUCGAGGCCUGCCGUUUGCGUGGCCGCGUCCAAGCUCUCCAUCCUUGAGGCUGGCAGUCGCUUGCAGCAAAGCGCUCGGGAACUUAUCAAGAAAAACGGCCAGGGCAUUGUUUUCAGUUAUCCACUUUGCUUUGGACUCAAUGCUUGCAUUUGUCUCGUCCUUGGCGGAACCUCAUAUGUCUGGACUCGAAGGUGCAGGCCACUAGUUCUGUGCCCCUUCCAUGUGGACUCGAAGCUGUUCGGCUACUUCACGGCCAUCUAUUUAAGCUAUGGCACAUUGUGCUAUCCCUUGCAGCUGGGAGCAGCUGUGGCGCUGGCCCCGAAGUUCAGCCGCAGCUUCCGGGCGCUGAAAUCACGCAUGGGGCUCAACUGGUUCAUGGCAGGUGCUUGGCUGCUGGCUCUCAUUGCAGCGAGUUUGGCUGCAGUGAUGGCUGGAAUCGUUUUUGCAUUGGCGCUGUGGCCAGGUGGCCGACGCCCUCCUGGACCUCGCCACGGAUGGCCGCGGACCAUCGGUGGCGGUCGCCUGCCAGAGAUCAAAGGCUGCAUCAGCGACACAGAGAAGCAAAAGGUGAAGGAACUGCCCAAGAGCUCUGGGAGGCCCAAGAAGCACUCUGGGCCUCAGGACGUGUCGCUGGAAGCGGCCUGUGCCUUCUGGAAUAUCGCGACUCCAGCCGAGGAACGUCGUGCACAGCAGGCUCGACGUAACACCAGCAAGGACAGCUCAAAAGGAGCUAAGUACUCCGGCGAAGAUGCUGUCAGCCGCGUGUUGAAUGCGGGUCCUGGAGCUCCUGAGCUGGCUCGAGCCGUUGGCUUGCCCGUACAGGUUGCCAAGGAGGCGGCGAGUUUGUUCCGCCGCUUUGGCAACAUCCCCUCCAAGGGCAGCCUCUUUCAAGGAAAGCUGCAAAUGUCACGACUUCCAGAGGUCCUGGUGGCGCUCUGCGACGUGACAGAGAUCUCCGAGAUUUCCAAGGCAUUUGUGGACUGGGCCUUGAAAGCGGCAGACAGAGACUCGAGUAGCUCAAUGGACGUCCAGGAGUUCGCGAUCUGGUACUCGUCCUUCUGCUUUGCAGAAGAGGUCACAGUCAAACCGGAGGUGCGGGAGACUCGCGAGCUGGCACGACAGAUGGGCUUGGAGAUUGGUCAGAUAGAGCAGUUCAAGGUGGCCUUCGACAGGUACGACGAGGAUGGAAGCGGGGAGAUCGAGUUUGAGGAGUUCUCCAAUAUGGUACAAGAAUUGCUCAAGAUACCUCAUGGGCAAGAGUUGCCUCAUGACCGCUUGAUGACGAUGUGGCGCUCGGCCGACAUGCAACAGAAGGGUUGUCUGGACUUUCGGGAAUUUUGCUUCUUCUACUUCCGGAUGGGUGCCACAGGGCAGGGCAGCGAUCCGAUUGCGGACUACUACCGCAAUGUGCGCCAUGUGCCUGUGGCUCCUUGA